AAAAAAAAAAAACAUUUAUCAUGUUAAUUUUGCAUUAAAACCUCCCGAAUUCCUCUGGACAAAUACUAAGUAAGAGUUUGUAUCUAUAAAAUGAAUGCAGAGAAAUGUUUCGGUUGAUGUCGAGAUCUCUGACUCCUGACUGCAGACAAAUCUGAGAGAAGUUGAGAUCUCUAAACUUUAAUUUCAUCUGUCUGUGAGAACUGUGCACAUAAUAGAACAGCUGCACAAGAAUAAGGGUGACACGGAAUCUAUUUACCGUUAUUUUUCUAGUAGUCAUUCUUUUCUGAAGAGCUCGCGUUCACAUGACCUCAAGGGGAAGCUGCGGAGAACUCGUGCCGUGAAUGCCUCACAUAUUUGCGGCUUUUCCACGGGAGCGCGUAGAGCGAGAUCACGUUCAUUGACAUAUGCAGACUGGAACGAGAGAGAGAGAGAGGCUUUGCGAAGUCUGAUUCAUCUUUGUGAAUCGACUCGCUAGGGUGAUUCAUUUCAAUGAACCCUUUAACUACGAAUCCUUUUUUUUCUUUGUACAAAAAACUGCUAUUUGGUACUAACAGCCUCAAAUUUUAAGGUUAAAUUUAUAUAAAAUUGUCGUUAACAAAAAUAUUGUGGAAAAUCAUUAGUGUUGACAGUGUUAUCAAGUAUUUAUGUGCGUCAAGUAGCGACAUUUACUGGCUACCAUAAAAAGCCUGUAAGUAGGCUAAUAAAUCAUAUAGCUUAUAGUUGUUUAUUCCAAUUAUUGCUACAUUUAACUGUUAAUUGGAGCGCAUCCCUUCGUUUCGCGAAUCGGGUGGAAUGAAUCAUUCGAACGAAUCGGUUCAAACAAAUGAUUCGGUCACGAGUCGACAUCUGCGAGCCUUACGUCACUCUCGAAGACUCCGCUUGCGGGUUUUUGUUGAAGGCGGAAUACAUUCGUCCGUCCGCUGCUAACGCGUUUUACACACGGCAGCGUUACAGUCGCGCGAGCCGAACGGAACAGUGAACGAGAUACGAGUCCGAUGAGCAGCUCGAAAUCCCCGUUUGAUCUGCAUGCGAUAUACACUAUAUGUUGGGUAAAGGGCUGAAACGGAAGCUGGAGCAGGAGGAAGAGAAUGACGUGAUGAGCUGCCCUCAGGACGCGUCACCCACCUGCUACUGGCUUCAGCGGCAGACUGUGCUCAACCUCUCGCUGCUGAAGCUGCACAGCCGUCCGGGACACUCAGACCCGGGCCUGGCCCGCAGGGUGCUCAUCACCAACACGCUCCGGCACAUCCAGGACGAGCUGAGAGGGGAGGGCGGCCCCAUACCCCAGCCCUUCCCCAGCACCGGGGCUCCAUUGGGUGUUGUUGACGGGUGUCGGGAACGUCCGGCGGAUUGUGGGGUCGAGGUCCAGAGCGAGGGCAGUUUGACGCCCGUCUCACGGUUGGAGGAGGACAGACAUCUGCUUCUCUGUUUGUCUCCGUCCAUUUCCAGACAGCAGCCCCCAUCAUCCUCUGUUAUUAAAGACAGCUUCACCUCAGCUCUGGCUGAAAUUGAAGAUCUGUGCCCGACUGUGGGAAUAACCACUUUAUUUACUACAGAGAUGGGCCGCUCACUCACAUCAGACCCAAACUCCAGACAAACGCACCCAGAUCUUUCUGAAAUGAACAGCGGUUUGGACUCAGUGUCGUCUCUCUCUGACUCCGCCCUUUCAGUGUUUGGCCACACCCCCUCGCUCCUCACUGAUUUCUCAUUGGACGAUUUCCUGUUCACGGAAAUAGACAGCUUGCUGUUCGACAACGUCCCCUGCGGUUCGUCCCUGAGCGCGAGCUCGGGCGCGUCAAAAGUCGUUUCCAUGGUAACGGACGACCUCGUAAAGACGCUCACUGGUUACGGUAACGGCGGGACGAGCCAAUCGGCGCUUCCGUCUAAUCAGACUUUCAAACUGGAUCUGAACGAACUGGAUCACAUCAUGGAGGUUUUGGUUGGGUCGUAAUUUGAUGCAUGUUUAAAUUUGUAUUUAAUAUUAAGGUCAAUUUUUACAAUUGUUUAUGGUAUUACGGUAUGUAGACCAAAAAAAGGGUUACUAUGGAAAAGAAGGUAAAUGGAUAUGUUCAUAUAUUUAUUUUGAUACAGUAAUGGAGGGCACACGAUAUAAUGUAAUAUAUUGCAUCAAUUUUAUAAUGUUAUAGAAUGCUAUUUCAGUACUUUUUCUUGUGGAAAGUUCAUAUGAAUUGUUAUUUUAGUAUUAAAAAUAUUUUUUAAAUAAAUGAAAAAAAAAAAUGCUUUUAGUUUGUUCUUUUAAAAUAGAUCAAUUAAAAACAGACAUGAAGACAGUAACGUGAUUUCACACCAAAAAAGCAUUUUCUCUUAAAUUAUUUUAAUUUCUUGUGUACACUUAAAGAAAAUUUACACACUCGUUUUGUUUUUUUUCUUUUUUCAAAGAACCCAGGCAUGCGCGAUUGACCUCGGUACAGGCUCUUUAAAGAUAUCAUUCAUCUGUAUGAGUUUUCCAUAGGAAUUUUCCCAUAACAAUUUUUACAUGUUCCAUAGUUUGACUGUACACAGUCUGAAGCCAGUUAACUAUGUAAGCAGUUCUUCUGUAUAUCUUUACAAUGUGCAAAAUCCUCCAGGAGACAGAAUAAACAGUGACACAACCGGGAGAAAAAAAGCCAAAAGAUGAGAAAACUCGUUUCUGGCGAACACUUCCCAUCAUGCACUCCUGGCGUACAGGACCGCAGUGACGGCAGACGUCCUCCAGAGUCGCUUAAGAUUUAUCCGAUUAAAUAAAA